AUGACAUGUCUACAACAGAUUUUUAUGAAAAACAUUAUAUUAUAUCUUAACACAUUAGAAGAUGUAACAAACUUUAUGUUGAUCAACAAAUCUUGUCAUGAAGCAGUGCAGACAAUGUAUAUCAACACAUACAAUUUAAGUCAAACUGUUGCUAUUGAAGAUAUCAUUUAUAUCUUUUUAAAUCUGCAGACUUUAUAUUUUAAUUCUUUUUCCAGUUGUCCAAAAAAAUUUUCGAGUGAUGACAUCCCUCUUAUUGAACAAUCAUUGAAAAUGGAGAACACUUUAAAAACAAAAUGGUUUCCUCCAAAAGUCAGAAAAAUUCGAUUAUUUACUAAUGAAGUUUUAAUUUCGUUUUAUGUAAAGUUUAAAUCGUAUUUUAAUCGAAUAAAAGAUGACAAAGGAAGUGCCCAAUUGAAAGACUUUUUUAACACCAAAUCCCUUCAAAAAAUUACACAUAACGACAACGUUAAUUUCCAUGUGCAAUUUCUUGCCAAAGAAACGAUGGGAAUGAAGUACAUUCCAGAUUUCUGCACACUUAAAUCACAAUUCAAUGAUUUUGAACGACUUGUGAAAGUAAUGUCCAAUAUGAAUGGUCACGAGGAAAUUAUUGAAAAUGCAGUUAAAGACUCUUUUUGUAGUGGAAUUGUUGUGUUUCGACCACCUAAACAACUGUUUUGGGAUGGCAAUGGGUAUCAAGACGAUCCAUAUAAAUAUGCCGUAGAUGUCAAUUUGAAUAUUUUAAAUUCAGAAAAUAUUCGGGUGGUCUCUUUAAAAAAUGUGAAUGUCACAGAAUUGGCUCUUCCAAUCAAAUUGGAGAAAUUGAAAAUAGAAGAAGUGACUGGAAACCUGAAAAUUGACAAAUUGAAACUGACAAGAAUUUACGUUUUGAAUUACAAAGGAAGUCCUUUGCUUGUUAAUGAUGAAAACUUGACUGAAUUUGAGUGUUUUAACUCGUUGAAUUGUGUUAAAUUUGUGCGAGAAGACAAACCUUUGAGUGUGUAUAUUGUCGACUUUAAGAAACACACUAUCUUUGAUGUGUAUCAAGACACACAAGACGUUACUAUUAAUGUGGAGCGUCUUAGAAAACACGUAUGCCAAUUUAAAGCAAAAGGAGUCAAAUAUUAUUAUCAUAACAUCCAUAUUGGUGAUCCGUGUAAUUUCAACUUGUCGUUAGAAACUUUUGAUGAAGUUAUAGUAAGUCAAAAUAUUAAAAGAAAAGACAAAAUUACUGCUAAAUUUGGGGAUAUAAAAAACAUUAAAUUUAGGUACGGUUGUUUUGAAGAAAUUACAAUGGGUAACGCAGAAAACAUCGAAUUUGAUUGUGUAGAAGUAAAAAAGUUAUUUAUAAACUCUGCAAAGCUUUUAAAACACCAAAAGUCGAGUUUUGAAAGUAUAACAGCAAACACCAAAAUCGAGACAAUCAAAGGGACAAAAAGAAAUAUAGCAAAAUUAAUCAAUGGACCUCAAUAA